CCAAAUACACUUUUUAAAUGAAGUACCUCAUUAAAUCAGUGUUAUGCCUCUUUUGUGUCCCUACCUCCUCCCGCUGUGGUUGGCGGUGUCGUGGUCCUGGUCGCUUAUGUUUACAAUUCCUGCCAACGAGCAAGAGACAAUAAUCUCAAGAUUCCUGACGGAAACUCCCACAUGGCAGUCAACCGCUUACUUACAGAUUGAACCAAGCGUGCUCUGCUCCACGACAUUGCCCUCUUAGAUGCCUUUCAGUGUCAGUUUUUGCAAAUGGCUUGCUCUCUGAAGGACGAGCUCCUGUGUUCCAUCUGCCUCAGCAUCUACCAGGACCCCGUCAGCUUUGGCUGCGAGCACUACUUCUGCAGAAAGUGCAUCACCGAGCACUGGAGCAGACAGGAGCCCCACGGAACACGGGACUGUCCCGAGUGCCGCAGGACCUUCACCGAUCCACUCCUUUCGCCGAGUCUCAAGUUGUCCAACAUUGUGGAGCGCUACUCAGCCUUCCCACUGGACGCCAUCCUGAACGCUCAGAGGAGCUCUUACCCCUGCAAGGACCACGAGAAGGUCAAGCUCUUCUGCCUCACUGAUAAAAGUCUGGUGUGCUUCUUCUGCGACGAGCCAGCACUACAUGAGCAGCACCAAGUGACCACUAUCGACGAGGCUUAUGAGGAAAUACAGAGGGAGAUGAAGGAGCAGCUGGCUACCCUGCAGGACAGUGAGAGGGGGCACACUGAGGCCCUGCAGCUCUUGCAGAGACAACUCACCGAGACCAAGUCCUCAGCCAAGAGUCUGCGAGCAACAAUCGGUGACGCAUUUGAGCGCCUUCAUCGAUUCCUGCGCGAGCGUCAGAAGAGCAUGCUGGAGGAGCUGGAGAUGGAUACAGCCCGCAAGCUUGCCGACAUUGAGCACAAGAUCCAGCGCUACAGUCAGCAGCUGAGAGACGUCAAGGAGGGCAUCCAGAUCCUGCAGGAGCGCUUGAAUGAGACGGGGCGACAUGACUUCCUGGAGGGUGUAGCGGUCACAUCUGAGAGGAUCAAGGGGAAGAUACAUGAGACCAACCUGACGUAUGAGGACUUCCCAACAUCAAAGUAUAUGGGCCCCUUACAAUAUACAAUAUGGAAAUCACUCUUCCAGGACAUUUCACCAGUGCCAGCAGCUUUGACCCUUGACCCCAUCACAGCCCACCAAAGACUGAUUCUAUCAGACGACUGCACCAUCGUGGCCUACGGGAAUCUCCAUCCACAGCCUCUGCAGGACUCCCCUCGGCGCUUUGACGUGGAGGUGUCGGUUCUGGGUGCAGAGGGCUUUUUGUCGGGCGUUCAUUACUGGGAAGUGAUGGUGUCGGAGAAGACGCAGUGGAUGAUCGGCGUGGCCAGCGAGACAGUCAGUCGCAAAGGCAGCAUCCAGAUCCAACCGAGCCGUGGCUUCUACUGCAUCGUUAUGCACGACGGGAACCAGUACAGCGCCUGCACCGAGCCCUGGACCCGCCUUAAUGUCAAGAGUAAGCUGGAGAAAGUGGGGGUGUUCCUGGACUACCCCAAAGGCCUGCUCAUCUUCUACAAUGCAGACGACAUGUCUUGGCUCUACACCUACCGAGAGAAAUUUCCCCCCAAGGUCUUCCCCUACUUCAGCCCUGGCCAGAGUCACGCUAACGGCAAGAAUGUGCAGCCACUGCGAAUCAACACUGUACGCCUUUAAGAGCUGCACGUCUCUGUGAUCGCAGUCGUCCUAACAGAUGAAUCAUCGUUGAUGAAUUCACUGGACUUGUGUGUUUUCAAAAGAUGUUUAAAAAAUCAGUUAAAAAAUGUUAGGGUGUUUGAAAUGCUUAUUUCCUUCAGUUCGGUGUAGGAAUUGUGCUUGAUGUUGCUCUUAAAACUUGCGCUUUUUUUUUUUUCCCCUCUCCUUCUUUUUGACCUGAAGUGACCAUACAGGUACAGCCUGCUCUUGAGCCUCAUUCUGCAUCUUUAAUGAAAAAGAUGAUACUAAAUGGAGACAGUAGGGACCCCUGGGCUCAUUCUGAGGUCUGUGGCAGCAGUGAAGAGAAAAAGGAGAAAAAAAAAAGAAGUUAUCCUCUAUUUUAAAGUAACUGUCUAAGGCCCACCUUGCACACUCCCAGGGGGCUCUCUGCUCUCCAUAUCAAGCUCCAGGCUUUUCAGACUUGACAUCCCUCUCUCUUUCUCUCACUCUCCCUGUCCAAACAACUGGACAGUGAGUACCGGUCACUUGUCUUCUCUGCGCUGUACAGUUGGCUUAGCUUUGUCUGUGGAAUGCGAUUAACAGCACUUGGCUCCUAUUUUGGCUUUUGGUUGGACAGCGAUCCGCUCGUCAAGUCUGCUGGCACUUUUUACUCCUCUCUCAGACCACGAUAGUUCUUCCUGCAGGUCAUAUCCAUGUGUGUCUGUAUAGUCUUUAUCAUUGUGCAGAAAGCUCCUGUUCUGUGUGCACCAGCACCUGAAACACUACAUGAAUGAUGUAGAAGUCCAUAGGCUGCUGAGCUGAUGAGAGGGAGGGUGUGCAUACAUGUGCUGCUUAUUGGUGGAAAUGAGAACUUUUGUGUGUAUAUAUAAAGUAUCAGUGGUAAAAAAGGAAUAAAUCCCAUCAUGCUGGCUCAUGUUUAAGUUACACUACAUCUUAUGUUUGAUCAUUUGUCUUAGUGUUAAACUUUUUAUAUCAUACUGACUGAUAAUCAGUUGAAUCAGAGGCAUAAAUUCUCAGAUAUGAAAAUCUGACCUUUUAAAGAUCAGUUGCUGUUCUAAACUGCUACUGAGACCAUUUGUCUGCUCUGUUAUUCUAAAUCAUGUCUUUUGUGUAAAUUAAAUUGAGCUGUACAUCUUAGGAAAUUUUAAUUAUCAAAUACAACAGUGAUGGAUGGAUGAACUUGAGCAGUAAUAGGAUAUUUCCUACGACUUUCAUUCCCAAAGCUGCUGCUGCUGCUGCCGCCGCCACUGUGUUGCAUGACGGUUAAAAUCCCCGAUAAUUCCUCCGAGGCUCACUUGUGUUUUUGACAUCGCCCCACGUGCCUCAAGUGCUCUUGUUUAUCAUUAGUUAAACACAAGUCCAGCAGAAUCUGCUCUAAGAGGGUCUUGUCCCUCAGCCAGGUCCGGCACACUGAGAGACGCGUGAGGGGCUCAGAGGGGAUGUUCACGGGUGUGUUUGUGCAGCCUGCUGCAGCUAUAAUUUUAAAUCCAGCUUUGGUUGUGGUUGCUAAAUACCCAUCUGGCCAUCCAAGCAUACCCAUGCAGCAGCCAAAAGUGGUUUAUUGCAAAAUACUUUGGUAUCAAGCAGAGCUUAAUAGAUUUUUUUUCUUUUUUCUUAUGUGGGAAAUCUACAAAUGAACAAAAAAAAAAGGAUCCCUUUGACCGUCUGUUGCCACUUUACAUGUUGCAUUUGUAUGUGUGUCCUCUGUUUUGUCCAUUUAAAAGAAAAAAUCGGGGCAGUGCCCCUGUUUUUGUAGGAUGUGAUUGCGGUAUGUGCAGUAUGAUGCAAACUAGGGUCAAAUUCUGAGCAUCUGCAGAUGAUUCUGUGUGCUUGUCUUAGCUUGCAGAGAUCUGCAGGGGCCUGCGAGUUAUUCGCCAGUUUUCUGAAUAACGUGGUUGAGUAACACGUGGCACAUCUGUUACCCAGCAAAAAUGCAUCCAGAUAACUCAGAGACUAACACGAGGUUUUUUCUCUUUUUGAUCGGUUAUUAUGUAAAAUAUUACUUAGAGUGAUUUCGAACCAGCUUGUGCUCUGUACAAGUGAACACAAAAUUUGACCCUAGUUUGUUGCAGACCCUUGUGUGGUCUGCUUCAUUAAGACUAUGUUCAAUAUUAAGGAAGAGAUUAUUGUGAGGUAGUGUUACUGGUGACGGUGAUGCGAAUGGUUAAAAUGAUGAUAGCAACUAUAACGCUUUUAAUGAUUAUUAUGAUGAUUGUGUCUUUUGAUGAGGGUCCCUGUGCACCCAUCAUUGUGUGAACAUAUUCUAGUGAGCUUUUGCCCUGGAGGUUUGUGGGAAAUGUUUUAAUGUACAAUAAAUGACUUCAAAAAAA